AUGCACGUUCCAGAGAUUGCGGCUUUCGCCCUGCUUCGCGCAGGCCUUGCUGCUGCUCAGCUCACGUAUGCUAGCAACCAGGUUGAGGUAAUCCAGGAUAGCGAAGUAGUAGCGGCGAACUUCCCAGAAGUUGAAGAUGUUGACCUGCGCUCGCCCGCUUUCGCCAACCCGGACGGCGUCCCGGCCACCUUUGCUAAUGGCACGAGCGGCCCGACAGACCAGGCCACUCUCGACUACUUCCUUCAAACUCUCGCAGCGCGCAAUGAGUGGAUGACCUACCACAGCCCCGACUUCAAGUCGGAAGAAGGCCGCUCGAUUCCUUACGUCUACCUGUCUACCUCGAAAGGCGUCCCGACGGAUACCAGCCAGAACACCUACGGCAAUGCUAGCGCACCCUCAAAAGUACGCAUCUGGAUGCAGGGCGGCGUCCACGGAAACGAACCAGCUGGUGACCAGGCCCUGCUCGCCCUCCUUGGCAGGUUCGACGCCAAUGCCACCUGGGCAGCUUCAAUCCUUGAGAAAGUCGACAUCAUGAUGCUCCCGAGAUACAAUCCGGACGGUGUGGCGUACUUUCAACGAUACUUUGCGACCAGCUUCGACCCGAACCGCGACCACACGAAACUUGCGCGCCAGCAGACUCGGGACAUCAAGCAGCUGAUGGUGAGCUUCGCGCCUCAUGUCGGUGUAGAUUGUCACGAGUAUAGCCCUACUACACCCUUUGGGGCCAACGAGCAAUGGGUAGAUGCCCAAGACGGCCAGUUCUCCGCCAUGAAGAACGCCAACAUCCACCCCGAUAUCCGGAACAUAUCCGAAGCCAUCUUCGCGAACAACAUUGCCGCAGCUAUGGAGAGACGAGGUCUCCGAUGGGGCCCUUAUAUCGUCGGUCCCUCGGGCACAGACAAUCUCGUCCUGGAAGAAACCACCGGUGACGCCAAAAUCGGAGAUAGUGCCGUUGCACUGACCCAAGCCAUCAUGUUCCUGACCGAGACACGAGGCAUCGGACUAGCAGACCAGCACUGGCAGCGCCGUGUCGCAACGGGCCUGACGAUGGUCGAGACAGUCGUUCAGACGGCUGCUGAUAGGGCCGAAGAAGUACUCUCGACAGUGGAAAACGCGCGCGCAAAGUUCAUCGCCAGCACCGACGACAUCAUUGUUACGGAGUCUGCUCGGCCGACCAACAUCACUUGGCAGUUCAUCGAAGCGACGACGGGAGACCUCGUUGAUAUUCCUGUACAGUUCCUCAACACCACACCCGUGGUAGCAAACCUCACCCGUGCGAGACCAGAGGCCUAUGUCUUUUCACGCGCGUGGGCUGAUGUGGCUGAGCGUCUGCGAAUUACUGGCGUGGAAGUACAGACGUUACAAUCUGAUUUCCAAGGCGAGGUUGAGGCAUUCAACAUCACGAGUGCCGAAGUAGCGCGGACAAAGUAUGAGGGAAUUGCUCGCACGACUGUGACGACGGAGACCGUGGUCAAGGAGGUUCGGAUCCCGGCUGGCGGGUUCUGGGUCAGUACUAGGCAAAAGAAUGCGGCGCACGCGUUUGUAACUCUUGAGCCUGAAGGUAUCGACUCUUAUGCUACCUUUAACGUUCUGCCGGUGAGCGUUGGUGAUGAGUAUCAAGUUUACCGCGUCAUGGCAUAG